AUGGUCCUCUACAAACCAACCAAGAGAUAUCUGGCUCAGGUCCUGGAAUGGGAAGAACAAAAUUACGGUGAACCGUUUGGACCCGCUAUUAGCAAUCAAUUGAUGCAGGACGCUGAAGGCGUCGUCGGAUUUGAUCUGGACCCGGCCCAAGUGGAUGCUCAGAUGGAGAACCAUCUCAUAACCAAAUUGACAGAGAAUCCAGACUGGCGCGACCCAGACAAGAUGAAUAAAUUCACCGUAGGGCACAUGGAAGAAUCCUUCCGUACGAGCGAAUAUUUGAACUGGGAAGACAUCGAGUACGCCUACGCCUACAGGGGUGUCAUCAUACCAAGAGGAAAGAUCAUGAUGGGAAGAUAUUGGAGAUGUGGAAUGCUCGGAAGUGGCGAUGGCCUUGAAUUGGAUGCGGAUGGUCAAUCAUUGCAUGGUGGUAAUGAUUCAGAUGGAAACGUCAACGCUAUGGAUGAUCAUGGGCCGUCUAUGCCGCCACCCCCCCCACCCGAACAAGGUCAAAUUGGACAGAGGUCCUUCCGUCUUUUGGCGUUGAGGGCAUUCGUCCGACAGGCAUCUCCCUUGGUCAAGGCGCAGGAACACAUUGAUGGUGGUUGGCAUCAACGAGUCCAUACUGCCGAACGCUCGACGGACAAAGCUGGAGCACGCACGGAAGAAUUGAAUUGA